GGAAAAUUAGUUAAUUCUGGAGAUUGGCAUUUGAUCAAUGGAUGCUUCAAAAAUGAUCUUAAUUCUUGAGAUUUCGCCUACCCUCUUCAGAAAUAUCCUGAUUUCUAAAUGAUUUGAUGGUCCAGGAAGUUAUUAAAUGUGGCAGCAUAGGAGUCUGAAAAUAGGUUUGAAAGGUGAAACAGUAUUUAUUGUCUGACAUUAAAUAGGCUAUGCACAUUAAUUUUUCUAAGAACGGCAGAUACAAUUGUCCACCCAAUUAUAUACACCAUUGAUCGUAUUGCCUAAGCUUUCGCUGCCUUUGAUGGUUUAAUUCUGUGCGGCACUCAUAUAUCUUAAUGCCGAUCAUGGAUGAUGGAGUGGAAGAAAGGCUUCUGGUAGCAGAAGAAAAUGGUAGCAGUCAUCUAAAAACCAGGAUUUGGAGGGAAACGAAACUCAUUUGGCGGAUCGCAUUUCCUGCAAUAAUUACAAGAGUGACAAGUUUUGGACUUAUCGUUGUGACGCAAAGCUUUCUUGGACAUGUUGAUGCAAUAGAUCUAGCUGCAUACGCACUCGUUCAGAGCAUUAUUCUGCGCUUUUUCGAUGGAAUACUACUGGGAAUGUCAAGUGCAACAGAAACAUUAUGUGGGCAAGCAUUUGGAGCUGGGCAUGAUCACAUGAUGGGCGUUUUCUUGCAACGAUCAUGGAUAGUUGAUGGUGUAACAACGACAAUUUUGCUCCCAAUCUUCAUUUUCACGAAGCCAAUUUUAAAACUACUUGGGCAGGAUGAAGAAAUAGCAGUAGCUAGUGGCUCCAUAUCUCUAUGGUUGAUUCCAUUUGUUUAUAACUUUGUAUUUGGUUUGACCAUCCAAAUGUUCUUACAAGCACAACUCAAAAAUAUGGUAAUUGGAUGGCUAUCUUCAAUUUCUUUUCCACUUCAUGUGCUUUUAUCGUGGUUGUUUGUGAGCAAACUUGGGUUAGGGGUUGGCGGUGCAAUGGCCUCACUCAAUAUAUCAGCUUGGUCUGUGGUUAUUGGAGAGUUUGUGUACAUUUUUGGUGGUUGGUGUCCUCAUUCUUGGAAAGGAUUUACUACAGCUGCCUUCACUGAUAUCUCCCCUGUUAUAAAGCUCUCUCUAUCCUCCGGCGUGAUGCUCUGCUUGGAGCUCUGGUACUACUCAAUCCUAGUCUUAUUGGCUGGUUACCUGAAAAAUGCUACCGUCGCUAUAUCUGCUUUCUCUAUUUGCCUCAAUGUGAGUGGACUUCAAUUUAUGAUCUGCCUCGGCUUCCUUACUGCUUCAUGUGUUAGGGUGUCAAAUGAGUUGGGAGGUGGGAACGCUAAAGCAGCAAAAUUUUCCAUUAAAGUUAUAAUAAUGACCUCCACAUUUUUUGGAGUGUUAUUUUUUGUCCUUUGUUUGGCCUUUGGUCGUCAACUUUCAUAUCUGUUCACUACUAGUGAGGAAAUUGCAGACGCUAUAUCAGAAUUAUCCGUUUUCCUUGCUUUCUCACUUUUGCUUAACAGUAUUCAGUCAGUUCUUUCAGGUGUGGCUGUAGGUGCUGGAUUUCAAGGUGUGGUUGCAUUUAUUAACUUGGGAAGCUACUACUUGAUCGGAAUUCCAGUAGGAUGCUUGCUGGGAUAUGUGCUGAAUCAUGGAGUUAAGGGUUUGUGGGUUGGAUUAUUGGCGGGUGUAGCAUUGCAAAUAAUUAUUCUUUCCUACGUUGUUUGGAGGACAGAUUGGGAUGAGCAGGCCAACAAAGCAUUCAAACGCAUAAAUCGAUGGCUUCUAAAACCAGCAGAAGAAUCUAAUCAGAGCUCCAUUGGUUCUAUUUCUGAAAGUGGAGAUUAACUAAUCUCCGAGUUCAUGACUUUGAUAAACCUUUUCUUUUUCCUUAAUUAUUUCAAAGAAAUAACUCCUAGGGAGAAAUGAAAUUAUUCUGAUGAUGUUUGCAAUUUUAGAGUGAAAAAUAAAUCUAACUUGAAUUAUUUAGUCUGAUUUAUCUUGAGAAGAAACAUAUUGUGUUCUUCUCAAUCCCAA